AUGUGGAAGGACACCAGCAUCAAUGUCCCAGGACAGAUGGCCGUUACCGGAGCCUCGUGCCGGAGUACCAACCGCAGAAAGAGGACCAGCUUCUCCAAAGAGCACGUGGAGCUACUCCGUGUCACAUUUGAGACAGACCCUUACCCUGGCAUCAGCCUGAGAGAGAGCCUGUCCCAGAAAACAGGGCUACCUGAAUCUCGUAUCCAGGUGUGGUUCCAGAACAGGAGGGCUCGGACUCUGAAGUGUAAGGGAGCUAAGACGUUUCUGUGCCAGUCAGACUCUGGCUUACACUCCCCUGGUGGGUUCACCCCUGUCCAGGAUCCAGUUUCCCAGCCCCGCACCAUGGGGACAGGGGCUACCCAGCACAGCCUUGCCCCUCUGUCCACCCCCCCCUGCCUGCCCCCUGCCUACUCAGCCCAGGUGAAAGAGGAGGAUUACUUUUUCUAUGGACGCUACUUUCCACCCUACCCUGGAGCGGAGGAGACUGGCCACAACACCUCCCAGUUUGGGUUAAGGCAGGCCAAGGUGCUGGGAUACAGCUCCAGCAUGCACCUGAAGAGCCCCGGGCACCAGAUGGUUCAAGGAGCAUGGCCCCAGGCAGUUGACCAGGCGACCCCAGUCCAGUCCAUAUGGAGCCCCUCUCCUCUGGAGGUGAGGAACUACAGCUCAGGCUCCAGCAAGGCCCUCCUCUACCAUCGCUCAGCCGAGCAGCAGCCCUUCUACAACAACCCCCAGGAAGCCUAUAGAGGCCCCAUUUCCCAGACCCAUGCCCCAGUCACCCCGGAUUCCGGCUGCUGGGAAGUUGGACAAGAGAACACCCCUCCGAUGGAAGGCCAAGGUUCCCGAUUGGAUGGCUCCUGGAGCAUGGCUAUGUUUACCCCAGAAUACCCAGGACAAGCCCCGCACCAUGCCCCCUUGCCAGAGCUCCCGGCCAUGUCCCUGCAGGAGAUCUUGGGAGAGCUGGAGGGAGAGUGGCAGGAGGGAGAUGGACUGGACAGCCACCCCAAUGGGGACAAACUGGUUUACUGCUGA